AAGGUUUCUAUUCGACACGUUCACAUACAAAGCACAGUGCAGCUGCCUUCGUUUCACAAGUAAGAUGCUCUUCUUGUGGUAUGUCUGUAGCUUGUGUUGCUUGCAUGCUGCUGCAUCUGUUCCCCGCUGGAUUCAUCCAAUCUGAGCAGAAGCCAACUGCAACACCCCCAUUGCAGGCACACAAAUGAAAAGUGUAAUUGACUGAUGUUUUUUGCUCUGCUUUUUGGAGGGUGGAAAUCGGACUGUUGAGGCUUGGGUUUAACACUUUUGGGCAGAUUAGGCGGAGACUCGGAGUUCUGGCUAGAUGUAUAUGGGAUAGCUUGUAGAGAAUUACCAGAGAAAGGGAACGAGCCCUGACGGAUUGAUAAACCCUCUGUCCACUUAUGUUUCCCACGGGAUCCAGCCUAUUCGCCGCAAAACGCCCUUUCACCUUGGAAGGAGAGUGCAGCCUGCCAUCCCAUGCCUUCCCCAACCCAAGGCCCCUAUGAGAGAGGCCUUUAAAGAGGAGGGGAUUUGAUCAAACAAUCCAGCUCUCUAAGCCAGGAUGGAGAGUGGACCAGGACAGGGAGCGGGGUUAGGCUCAAUCCAGGCUGUGGAGGCUGAGCCCCCCACCCAGCAGAUGACUUCUCCAAUCGGGAGAGGAAGGAAUGCAGGGCUGGCCUCCUGCAAGCACAACAGUCUGAUCAACACCCGCAGCUUGAUGGUAGAGACUAAAGAAGGGCUGGUGUCGGUGUACUCGGCCCCCCAGUACCAGGGUCACAUGGUCGUCAACCUGUCCCCUCAGCAGGAGCAGAAUGGUCAGGGGGUGGGCAGAGGAGGGGGACACCCACAGCUGCUCAACCCCAGCGCUCUGCCCCAGGGCAUGGACCCCCGCUUCAGGCCCAACCUGAUCCUGUACUCUGAAAACAUGCUGCGGGCCUGGGGGGAUGGAGGAGUCGGGGAUUGCUGUGAGACCACCUUCAUAGAGGACUUGGCAUCCGGCUCCUCUGCUGCCUCCAAGGAUGGGCUGAUGUUUGCCGAUGGAAAGUUCCUGGAACUGUCUGUGGAGGAUGCAAAGAUCCAGACCCUGUCUUAUGACAUUGACGAUGAUGAUGAGUUCCAAGAGCUGGAGAGCGAGUACUCGAGCGACUCGGAGAGUGAGGACAACUUCCUCAUGAUGCCACCAAGAGACCACUUGGGCCUGAGCGUCUUCUCCAUGGUGUGCUGCUUCUGGCCCCUGGGGAUCGCUGCCUUCUACCUGUCCCACGAGACGAACAAGGCAGUGUCUAAGGGGGACUUCCACUUGGCCAGCUCCAGCUCCAGACGUGCCCUCUUCCUGGCUGUGCUGUCAAUCACCAUCGGGACAGGCAUAUAUGUGGGCCUGGCUGUAGCUCUCAUCGCAUACCUCUCCAAGAACCACCACUUGUAGCCUUGCCCUGGCCCCCCCCCCGCACUACAGGACUGAUUGCGCUGGGGGAGUGGUUCACUUGGGGGCAGUUUAACAAUGGAAUUUAGGCCUGCAAACUAUGGGACUAUCAGGAUGAACAGAACCUGGCCAUAUGGUUGACUCAACUCAUGGGAUAUAACAUAAGAGGGUUAUGAUAUGGAAAAUAGUCUUGUAAUGGUCAAGUCAUUCUCUCAUUUUGACAAAGAAAAACUGGAAACUCUUAGUCGUUCCAUACACAACUGAAUAUUUUGUUCUUCAGAUGUCUAAAAUUGGUGUGUGAGGUUUACCAAGGCAAGACACAUCCUUUGAGAGGUCAGACCAACCUGCACUAAAUAUUACCUGUACCAAGGGCAUAGUGUUCGUUUACGGAGCUUGCUCUCUGCUCGGUUAACAGUGAGUUGUGGAGUGGGCUGCUUUAUGUUCAGCUACAUUUACCACACUAUCAGUCACAUUUGGCAGCUCCUGUCGAGUAUAAAGAGGGUGGAUAAAAGUGCUUUUAAAGCUGUCACUCAUCCAUACAUUCAACCUGUAUACAUGUAAUCUACAUCACAUUGAAUUGAUCUGUAGAAGUCGCAUAGUAGACACUGCAGCUCACUUAUUAAGUAAGGUGAUGGUCUAUAUACUGCACUCUAAUACAGUAUCUUGGUGGUCCUAUUAUCUCAAGGGAGAACUGAUGUGUCCUCACGGCACAAUUUUUUUUAACACAUGCCACACACCUGAAAUGUGGAGCUUUGUUGUAACCCUUCGACAACAUGCUUUUGUGUUUCAUCAGGGAGAUCAAGUCUCUCUGACAGAACCUGCUUACACAGAGAUACCUCCAUGUUGAUAGGCACAAAUCACUAAGGAAGAGAAAGCAGACGAGUCUUUGGAGGCAGAAGCCAUGCUGUAAAUACCUCGAUACAUGCCUAACUGCAAUGUUUGUUUUUUUGCAAUACUAUUUAUUUUCCUGUUGUAUACUGCUACUAUGUAUGGGCGGCACGUAGCCUAGCAGUUCAGAGCGUUGGGGCGGUAACCAAAAAGGUUGCUGGUUCGAAUCUCCGAGAUGACUAGGUGGGAAAAUCUGUCUAUGUGCCCUUGAGCAAGGCACUUCACCCUAAUUGCUCCAGAAUUGCCAUCAAUAAUGGCUGAUCUCUGGUUGUGACCCCACUUUCCGAGGGUGUCUCAGGGGGAGUGAGUUAUGCAAAAAAACACAUUUCCAAUUCACACAUAUGUAUAAUACACACUUGUACAUGUGUGAAGUAGGACAAAUGUAAUUAUUAUGUCAAAACUGUCAAUUUUGGGGGGAAACUCAUUGGACUCAGUGUUUGACAUAAAAGUGCUUGCAAAUUAAAUGUAUUUCCAUUAAAAAAUGGUUGAUUUUACAGUCUGACUUGG